AUGAGCCAUGCACUGGUGUUCAUCGAACAGAAUGCGGCCGGGAUAGGCAAAUCCGACCGCCGCACCCUUCGUUCUUAUGUCAUGAGGGGCAAGAAUGCCGGCAGACCACGACCUUCGACGCGAAGACAGGCGAGCGGUGUCCCCGUUAAGCGGUUUCUUGACAUCAGUGACACGCUGUUUCCUCCCCAAUUUUGCUACAAGUUUGACAUCUUGAAGUCUAUCUGGGUCAACUGCAUACUGGUAGAUGAGGCAUACUUCCACUCGACCUUGGCCGUGUCGGCAUCGUACGUCGACUUCUUUGAACGAAAGCCUACCACGUCGUCAAAGACUUUACAUCACAUAUGCCAGGCCUAUUCGUUGGUCAACCUCAAACUUUCCGGCCCCCAUGCCAUAUCGGACAGCGCGAUUGCUGCCGUCGUCACCCUCGCCAUCUACCAACAAAUACACCAGCAACACACCACCGGCCUCGUACACCUCAAAGGACUUCAUCAGAUGAUUGGGUUGCGCGGGGGUAUCGCCAGAUUGAUGAAGGAGAACCGUCCACUGGCCCUCAAGCCACUCAGGCUCGAUGUUGAAUUGGCCAUGCAUAACGGGUCACCCACGAUGUUUAAUAGUCACGAAGUGCCCGUUACAACUGUCUUGUGCCCCUCCAGCACCGUCGCGGCACAGCUUUCCGCCUGUCCCCCCGGGCUGCCCCGCAUCAUGCUAGAUCUCAUCGUUUUCGCUAGUAUCCUCAACAACAGGGUGAAGAGCGGACGAUCCAAGCUCGACCCUCUAGACUACACAGAAACGCUCAUAUCACUCCUUUACCGUCUCUUGGAAGGCGAACCUCUCAGACAGCCCCUGCUUGCUUCAGAAGGCCUCCACGGCGACGCAGCACAUCUCGCGAUGCUGGCGUUCAUGACCGGCCUGCUUCCCAACUAUUGCCGCGAAAACUUCGGUUCGUCACUUCUAUGUACUCGUUUAGGAUACGCCGUUCGAAAGCUCCACUCGAAGCACGUAGACGCGCAGACCGGCGAUGUCUCCUUGCCGCUGUGGAUCCUUUUCAUGAGCGGCAUCUCGGUCCUGAAAGCCAAUGAUCACAGCUGGCUGCUUCUUGCAAUCGCGAAGACUUGCGAUCGCGCAAACCUGCGUGACUGGGCAGCCGUCCACCAUCAUCUCAGCGCGUUUCCGCGAUGA